AUGACUAUUCAAAUGGACGAACUCCCACAGGCGCCGUCAUCCGGCACUAGUCCACGUUCCAGUACUUCCUGGAGCCGCUGCGACCAAGCUGUGGCCCGCGUCGCUCCGAUUGCCACGACCACAUGUCAGGUUUGCUCCAAGGGUAUUGCGCAAGGCGAGUGGCAACUCGGGCUUAUGUUCAUUCAUGUGGAAGGCUACAUGCUCAUGGAGUGGUACCACUUGCAGUGCUCCAAGUCGCUACAUGGCAAUGGUCUGUCUGAUGUUCUUCAAACUGUGCAGAGCGAGAUGACUGAGGCCCAGAAGAAGGUGUUCCAGUUGGCUUGCCAGGAGGCGGCUUCAGCCUCCUAA